CCCACACUCAGCCAUGAACCUCCAUAGCUGUGUGGCCUUAAGCAGACUCUAUAGGCAGCAUGCUGGACUGGACUGAGCUUUAAUAUGGAGUGGAGACUCUGGGCAGUGGCUUUAAUUCUUGCUCUGCUAAAGACAAGAGUGGACUUUCUCCCUCGCAGAAUGUAGGCAGAUGUGAUAUUGGAAACCCAGAAGUUGGAAAUAAAGAUCACUCAUCCUCCCGUGUCUCAGGAAAUUCCUUUCCUUGCAACAUUUCGAGAACUCCACUUCUAUUGGUAACAGAUCUCUUUUCUCUAGGGAUGGUGAAGUUGGAAAAAGGCUCCUGUAACGCCCCUUCAGGAUGAACUCCCUGCCAGAAGACAUGGAGAAUGCUCUCACAGGGAGCCAGAGCUCUCACGCUUCUUUGCGCGAUGUCCAUUCCAUCAACCCUACACAACUGAUGGCCAGAAUUGAGUCCUAUGAAGGAAGGGAAAAGACAGGCAUAUCUGAUGUCAGGAGGACUUUCUGUUUGUUUGUCACCUUUGACCUCUUAUUUGUAACAUUACUGUGGAUAAUAGAGUUAAAUGUGAAUGGAGGCAUUGAGAACACCUUAGAGAAGGAGGUGGUGCAGUAUGACUUCUACUCUUCUUAUUUUGAUAUAUUUCUUUUGGCAGUUUUUCGGUUCAAAGUGUUAAUACUUGCCUAUGCUGUAUGCAGACUGCGCCAUUGGUGGGCAAUAGCAUUGACGACAGCAGUGACCAGUGCCUUUUUACUAGCAAAAGUGAUCCUCUCGAAGCUUUUCUCUCAAGGGGCUUUUGGUUAUGUGCUGCCCAUAAUUUCAUUCAUCCUUGCCUGGAUCGAGACGUGGUUCCUGGAUUUCAAAGUAUUACCUCAAGAGGCAGAAGAAGAAAACAGACUCCUGAUAGUUCAGGAUGCCUCGGAGAGGGCAGCGCUUAUACCUGGUGGUCUGUCUGAUGGUCAGUUUUAUUCUCCUCCUGAAUCUGAAGCAGGAUCUGAAGAAGCUGAAGAAAAGCAGGACAGUGAAAAGCCACUUUUAGAGCUAUGAGUUCUACUUUUGUUAAAGUAAGUCUUUGAAAAUGAAAAUGUAAAAUGUAACAACGAAGUACUAAAAUAGGGAGCAUUUCUUCAAGCAGAUUCAAAGUAAAAUUUAAAGAAUAUGACUGUGAAUAUGUAGCGGGAUUUUUCCUAUUUACAUGCAUUCGUCAGUCACAUUUUAAUUUCUGUAAAAUGUUCUAAUAUUUUCUGUAUGGGUAUAAAUUUGUGAAGUAUGAAAAAUACCUGAGUCCCAAAUUUCUAAAUAUGGAUGAAUUCAUUUUUGUUUACUUAGCCAAAAUGUCUCCAUCUUAGACAUUGUUUAAUUACAAACCCUAACUUGUUUGCUGUGAGGUUAGCAGUCCUAUAAGAUGAGGUAGUUAUUGCCUCCAUUUACACCUGAGGCAGGUGAGACUUAAUUCUUGAUUGACCAUACCCAUUGUCCUUUAAGUGUCUAACAUAGCCCAUCUUCAGUACACAGACUUUGUUAUAAAAACAUAAGGCAAAGUAUAGCAUUUUGCCUUUUAACACAGCAUCUCAAAUAUUUUUGUGUUCUCUCUUUUUCUAAGUUUGAAAAAUCCUCAUUGAAAGUCCCCGGAGGGCAAAAAGGACUGGAGAUGGGGUCUUAGUACGGAAAGUUGGAAUGGUGACAUCCACUGCUGACUUGGUUGGUUGGCUAAUAAAGAAUUUAUUUAUUGUAAUACCUCACAGAUACUGUACCAUAUUCACAUAAGUUAGUAACCUGCCUGUGGCUUGUAAGAUAAUGUGAUGAUCCACCCUGUAUUCAGUGAGACUGAGUCUGUUGUUGCUGAAUAGUUGCAGAAUGCUCUUAUGCUGUAUUCCUAAUCAAAAGGCUUCUUAAUAUAUUCGAAUAACACUUUUUUAGUAAGCAAAAUGUCUUUUUAUUUGGAUUCACAUAAUGGAAUUAUUUUGUUUCAUGUCUCAGAUUUCUUUUGUAUUUCUUUUUUUAACAUCCUACAUUUUCUUUGUGUUUUUCAACUCAUGCACAUGUGUUCUAUGUACAAUUUUAAAAAGUAAUAAAAUCCAACAUAUCAAAA